AGUUCAUGGACUGACGCCUACUCUUCGUCCAUCUCGGCACUCAUGUCUUCCCUCCCUAGCGCCGAUAUCCAGCGCAUCCUCUUCGACUCAUUCUUCACCGACCCGUUCCUCGCGGAAGGCAUCACCCUUCUCCAGACGCAAUUCAUGGAGCAGCUCAAAACCGUCACGGAGCGCCAAGGCCAGCGCUCGCGUGAAGGGGACGCUACGACACUCGCCAACGCGUUUGCUAUCCUCGGUACCGCCCUCCGGAUCAUGCCUGACGAAACCUCCCGUCUUCUCCUCGCUUCCUCUACUGCGGGAAUGUACGGCCACCUCCAACCCAAAUCCCUCAGCCGAAUCAUCUCGCCUCAGCUCGCAUCCCAUCUAGACCCCACCCCGCUCGACCAGCGAUACUUUGAUCUCGCGCUCAUCUGCUCUCAGAUGGCAGAGUCGGGGGAUACGCCAAGCGUUAUGCUCGUCAUGCUCAAGCUGGUGCUGUAUCGCAACUUGGCGAUGCGGAAGGAUCGACAGACCGUCUCGGGCCAGUAUCUCUGCGGGGCGAUCAAGAUUGCGCAGACGAUGGGAUUGGGCAAGGAGUGGGAGUGGCAGCCACUAGGUGAGAGGGAGAUGAAGCGGCGGAUUAUGUGGAGUUUGUAUGUCGCGGAUAGGCAUCUGUCUUUCGAAACGGCCGUCCCAUAUACUCUGCUCGAAGCCCAUCAAGGUAUUCACCUUCCUUCGCCUAUCUCUGAGCACGACCUACACCAGCUCGCGCCCGAUGCCACUGCCCUCCCUCCCCACAAGACCGAACUUGGUCCUACUCCCUGUACCGCUCUCUUCCUACACACCCACCUCGCUCGAAAGAUCACUCCUAUCCUUGACUCCUUCGCGACCCUCUCUCCCUCCAAAACACCUCAUGGCCUCGUCCUCGGAUUCGACCAAUCCCUUGACACAUUCCAAGAGAAGCUUCCUACAUACAUGCGUUUCUUCCCACUCACCGAUACCCGAUGGGACAGCUCGCACGCUUACCUCUCGGCUCACCGGAUCCGCCUGCACGCCCGGAUCCUUGCGUACCGCCAAGGCGUCCAUCGGUCAUUCAUCAUCACGUACCUCCGUCCGUCCGCCCCGGCAGGCAUUCGCGGCGUCAUGGCUCAUAUCUGCCUCUCGAGCCUCCGGACACAGCGGUCGGCCAAGAUGCUGGACCCGAAGAUCGCGCCGAGGAUAUACGAGCCUUUGGUCGUCUUCGAGUCGGCGAUGAUCUUGGGGUUGAUAUUGUAUGUGGAUAGGGCGAUGACGAUCGGUCAAGGGGCGGCACCGGCGCCAGAGGCCAUGAUGUGGAGAGAGGGGCUGGCGAAUGGGGUGGAGCUGCUGGAUAACAUCUCGGCCGGUGUGGCGGGCGAUGCGGCCAGGAAGGCAGUCAAGGUUUUGAGGGAGAUGAGCGCCAAGGUGGACGCGUCGCCUCAGGAGACCAAGCUGUGA